AUGAACUUUUAUCGGGACGCUACAUGGGUAUUAGAAUAUGUUGAGGAACAAGAGUCGUCUGGAAGAGUUGCUGGAUCACUGCAAACCCAAGUCGUGAACAGCUGUAAAAAAUACAAUAUAAAAUCCAAUCCAAAGCAUCUCUAUGCCUUACUUUACUCUUGUUGGAGAUUCAAACCCUACUUGGAUGAGAUUUUGAAGAAAUCUGGAAUCUUUAAGGAUAUUCCCAAGAAAAAGGGAAAGCCGGCAUUUUCUAAAGGUACAAUAACACUUUUAGUGCAUGACUUACUUCUAUCGAAGAGUAAGAGGAUUCAGAUGGGUAAGCACCCUAUCAAGGACUUUGUACUGAAGCAUAAAACACGUCUUCAAAGCGAACUGGUGAGAUUAAAGAUUAAGAUGAAAGUAACUGAUUUAUCUCAGCUCCUGAAGGAUGACUCCAACGACAUGACACCAGUGAGAUGGAUCCGUAUCAAUCCUGUCAGAUGCAAGGGCAAGGUGGAGGAAGUGCUAGAAACACUGAGGAAAAAGUUUCCGACCACUGUAUCGCAUUGGUCAGAAAUCGUGCCGGGUACAAUAUAUGAGGAUGAAUUUGUGCCGAACCUCUUUGGGGUCCACCCUUCUGAUAAGAUUACAUCGCAUGAACUAUACAAGAGAGGUAAAAUCAUUAUUCAAGAUAGAGCGUCCUGUUUUCCAGCACACAUACUGAAUCCAAAUGCAGAUGAUGUUGUCAUAGAUGCAUGUGCUGCCCCGGGCAAUAAGACAACGCAUGUAGCAGCGCAUAUUUUUCAAGAUUUGAUGCCUGACGAAGUCCGGAUUCAUGCCUUCGAAAGAGACCCAGAACGUGCUAAAACACUUCACAAAAUGGUCAAAGCAGCAGGUUGCGACAAAGGAAUAAAAGUCCAUGUUGGAGACUUCACAAAGCUCGGGAAACCGGAGAUUUUCAGCCAAGUAACUGGAUUUAUAGUAGAUCCCAGUUGUUCUGGAAGUGGCAUAUUUGGUCGGAAAAUGAUAGACGAUCGGAACAAAAGUAAAGAAGAGCUACCAGAGGCUGAAGAAGAGCAGGAUGAAAUUGCUGAUCAAGAUCUAAAAAACAGGUUGGCUAAAUUGUCAUCUUUCCAAUUCGAGAUUGUGAAGCAUGCGCUUUCUUUCCCUAGCGCUAAAAAACUCGUUUACAGCACCUGCUCCAUUCAUGCUGAAGAAAAUGAACGUAUUGUUAUUGAUUUGUUAUUAGAUUCUAAAGUCAAGGAAUGGGGUUGGCGUGUAAGGAAAAGAGCAGGAGUUAUUCCGAAGUGGCAUAGACGCGGCAUUCUCGCAGAAUUUGAGGAAGUAUUCCGUGAAGGUACACAAGCACAAGAAUUAGCAGAUGCUUGUAUAAGAGUUUCUCCUAAGGAGGAUGGCGGCAUAGGGUUUUUCGCUGUGUGUUUUGAACGUGAUUAG